GCAUCUGGAGUGGUCAUCGCAUUUAGAACGUGUGUUACAUGGACACCGUCGUGAUGAGUUGCUUCAAGCCUGUGAAGGCCGACUGGCGGAGUUUGACCUGCACGGGCACUGUCAUUCCACGCCUGACACUCUAUGGCACAUCAUCAACACAGCGGUGGUUGAUGCUGCGCAGGGCAUUCGUUUGGUCAGCUGUUUGGACCCUUGCGGUGCUGCUUACUACAAGAUACUACAAGCACUUAUGGAGACGGUGCCGUCCUUGCAGCCACAGACCCUAUGUGCGUUGGAUUCUGUCGCUAGACUUGAAGAUAGGCAACUGUGGGAGCAGCGGUACAGGGAAGCUCUGGUUCGUGUCAGCGAUGGGCGUGCAGAAGCUGACUUUCGCCCUCCUUCUGGCACCAUGCAAGGCGAUGGGCCAUCAGCAGAACUCUUUUUGGAACCCUACCACCUGCAGCUGGACAAGUGGGCGCAAGCUGAGCAGGACCUUUCUCUGUCUUCUUUUGCUGAUGAUGUUAGCAGAAUCAGCUUGGGAACAACGCCUGAAGACUUGCGCCUCUCGCUUGAAGCUGCCAACGCUGGUUUGGAUCGAUAUUUGUGGGAUAUCGAUUUGGUUCAGAAUGUGGACAAGCAGGAACAUGUUGUUUUCUUUGGUGGAAAGAACAGUGCUGAAUACCUCAGACGAGAGGGUGCGGUGGUUCUGGCAGCCAUGUUUAUUCCCAGGUUGAAACUCCAGCUGACAUGCGUUGCAAGGUUUGCCAAGAGUUUUUCGAUGACGUGCAUUUGUUGUUGGACCGUGUGGCCGGUCAUGUCGACUUUCCCCGGCCCGAAGCAGAAAACAGGCAAGAAUAGCAUCGUGUGCCCUUUUCUCAGCCCAACGGCUUUGACCCCAUGGGCGCGCACAGGUGCUGAUGAUGGCAAGUCCGCGAAGCGGCAAGCUGCUGGCAGCGAAAAGUUUCUCAUGAAAGGCAUCCAGGUCCUCACAAAGCUCGCACUCAAGAAUGCCAUGGAUGUCAGUAGACUUCAGGCUGCCAGCUUGAUGACUGUGCAGCUUCCCAAGGACAAUCCAAUGAUCCAAGGAAUGCUGACGGCCACUCGUGCAUUCAACGAUGAACAAGAGAAGGCCAAAUCGUCCAACACAUCGCCGCCUGAAGGUCAGCCACACUGUCAUGCCUGGAUCGCCUUGCUGGAAGAAUUGAACAAGAAUGCCAGUGAGCAGGACAAGGAAAUUCUCCAGCAGCAUGUGCUCCAAAGCUGUGGGAACCCUUCUCUGGUUGCAUGCUGUGUGCAUGUUUGUCGAGUGAAGAAAUGUUUUGACCAGUCCAAGAUGAAGAUUUGCAUCGCUGCCAGUGAGUCGGUCAAGCCUGUUUUGCAAGUUUUUGAGAGUCACGUCCGAAACCAGGGCGGUAAGACGCUUCAUGGACAGGCGCCAAAGGGUGUGGUCUGGAACGUGAUGCGCAAACAUUUCUAG